AAAUAGCGAGCGUCGCCCUGAGCCGCCCAAUGUGUAACUGUGUGCUGCAGCCAUGGCUGAGGGGGACCCGAGUUCCUUCGCUGCUCCAGAUGCCUGCCGCACUCACCAUCUCUACUUGAGCUGCCGCGUGGACUUCGAGAGCCAAUCGCUGAGGGGCACCGCGGCCCUCACCGUGCGGUCGGAAAGGGACAACUUGAGUUCCCUGGUUUUGGACACCAAAGACCUAACAAUACAGAAAGUGAUUGUUAACAAUCAAGUGGCUCAGUUUGUUCUUGGACAACAACACAGCUUCAAAGGAGCACCACUUGAAAUCACAUUGCCAUUCCACUUGAGGAAGGGCCAAGAUGUGAUUGUGGAGAUCUCUUUUGAAACCUCUCCAAGGUCUUCAGCACUCCAGUGGUUUACUCCAGAGCAGACAUCAGGGAAAAGACAUCCAUUUCUUUUUAGUCAGUGUCAGGCUAUUCAUUGCAGAGCUCUUCUCCCCUGCCAAGAUACCCCCUCUGUGAAGUUAACAUAUUAUGCGGAGAUAUCUGUUCCAAGUGAGCUGGUGGCUCUUAUGAGUGCCAAGAGAGAUGGAGACUUGCUUGAUCCAGAAGACCCAUCUAGGAAGAUAUUCCGUUUUAUUCAAAAUGUUCCAAUACCCAGUUAUCUGGUUGCUUUAGUAGUUGGUGCCUUGGAAAGCAGAGUGAUUGGCCCUAGAACUUUGGUGUGGGCUGAAAAGGAACUGGUGGACAAAUCAGCUUAUGAAUUUGGUGAGGCUGAAGCCAUGCUGAAAAUAGCAGAAGAUCUGGCAGGUCCUUAUGUCUGGGGUCAAUAUGACUUGUUGGUAUUGCCCCCAUCAUUUCCAUAUGGUGGUAUGGAGAAUCCCUGCCUCACUUUUGUAACUCCUACUUUAUUAGCUGGUGACAGAUCAUUAUCCAGUGUUAUUGCACAUGAAAUUUCUCAUAGCUGGACAGGGAAUUUGGUAACAAACAAGACUUGGGAACACUUUUGGCUAAAUGAGGGGCAUACUGUUUAUCUAGAACGCAGAAUUGGUGGUCGGCUGUUUGGAGAACAAUUCAGGCACUUCCAGGCUCUAGGAGGCUGGCGAGAAUUACAAAACACAAUUAAUAACCUUGGAAGCACAAAUGAAGUAACUAAUUUGAUCCCUAGUCUGAAGGAGGUAAACCCUGAUGUUGCAUAUUCUUUUGUUCCAUAUGAAAAAGGCUUUGCUUUAUUGCUUCAUCUGGAGCAGCUACUUGGUGGACCAGAUGUCUUCAUUGGCUUCUUGAGAGCAUACAUCCAACAAUUUGCAUACAAGAGUAUAGUGACUGAAGACUGGAAAAAUUUCCUCUACUCCUAUUUCAAGGAUAAGGUUAAUGUUCUUAACAAAGUUGACUGGAAUGCAUGGAUGCAUACUCCUGGCAUGCCACCAGUAAAACCUGAAUAUGAUACUACAUUGUCAAAUGCUUGUGUUGCCUUGAGCCAAAGAUGGAUCAAAGCCACUGAAAGUGAUCUUGGUUCUUUCAGCUCAGCUGAUAUAAAUGAUAUGUCUUCUCACCAAGUGACUGAGUUCCUUGCACUCCUGAUGUUGGAGAAUCCUCUUCCAGUGAGCCAUGUGAGACGAAUGCAGGAAAUCUAUGACUUCAAUGCAACAAACAAUUCCGAAAUCAAAUUCAGAUGGCUCCGCCUCUGCAUUCAAGCCAAGUGGGAAGAUGCCAUCCCUCUAGCUCUAAAGAUGGCUACUGAACAAGGCCGCAUGAAAUUUGUUCGCCCGUUAUUCAAGGAUCUCUAUAAAUUCGAAAAAUCACGUGACCAAACCAUCAGUGCCUUCCAGCAGCACAAAGUUUCUAUGCAUCCAGUGACUGCAAUGUUGGUAUCCAAAGAUCUAGGCCUGGACGGACAAAUAGCUUAAUUCUGCAGAGUUCAUGGUGCUGACCUUGUACGAGAGAAUUUUGGUAUUCUUUUCCACUCUCUUGCCAAAAAAUACAAAUAAAAUCAUGGUAGAUCUCAUUUGCUUUCUUACUUUACAUUGUGUUCUGAACCUGGAACAAAGAAGCUCUUUCUACGUUUUCUAGAGCUUUGCCCUUGUGCUACAUACAUGUUCUGCAAAACUGGGGGGAAACCCCUAUAUUUUUCUACAUUUUGCUACAGUAGUUAUACUUUUACCACAACAAAUACAGGUAUUAGUGGACUUUAUUGAAACUGUGUAUUAACUAUAGCUUUUUGAGUUCUACCUGCAAUCUCUUUUUAUGUUGAUAUACUUAAUGUAAUCAUUGAUUUCAUCAGAAAAGUGAAAUAAACAAUGGACAGAUAAAA